AUGGCUCAAUCGCAUGAAUUUGACUUGACAGUCGAGGACUCUGUGGGUCUGACCCAAAUCCUGACAAGAAUCGAUUCUUCCAAUGUCACGUUGUCGACUACCCCAGGUGCCGGGGAGGCACGAAUUGCCGAAUACCUGAUCAAAUGGCUUGAAUAUCGCAAAAUCGAGACCCACAAGAUCGAAACUGUCGCCGGUCGGCCCUCCGUUGUCGGUGUUCUCAGAGGGUCGGGCGGAGGCAAGUCGCUGAUGCUGAACGGACAUAUCGACACAGUCAGCUUGAACAGCUAUGAGUGUGAGCCUCUUUCUGGACACCUUGGGCAAAAGAACGGCCGCCCCGCUAUUUUUGGUAGAGGUGCAUUGGACAUGAAGUCCGGUCUCGCUGCUGAGAUGGCAGCCCUUGCAUAUAUCAAGGCCAAUAACGUCCCUAUUCGCGGCGAUGUCAUUUUCACGGCCGUUUCCGAUGAGGAAGAUGCGUCUCAAGGAACCCAAGAUCUGAUUGCCGCUGGAUGGCGCGCGGAUGGUUGUGUCAUCCCCGAGCCUACAAAUCGCGUCCUCAUCACUGCCCACAAAGGGUUUGUCUGGUUCGAAAUCGACAUUCUGGGAACGGCUGCUCAUGGUUCUGAUCCGGCCUCGGGUGUCGAUUCGAUUCUGCAGGCUGGUUGGUUCCUGGCUGCAUUGGAAGAGUACCAAAGCAGACUUCCAUCCGAUGAUAUGAUCGGGCGUGCAUCCUUGCAUUGCAGUCUGAUCAACGGCGGCGAAGAGCCUUCAUCGUAUCCCGCAAAGUGCACUGUGACGGUUGAGUUCCGAACGAUCCCUGUGCAGACUGAUGAGUCACUUCGAUCCGAUCUCAAUAACAUGUUGAAUGAAAUUGCCAAAGUCAAACCUACGUUCCGCUUUGCCGAGCCCCGAUUGACCCUGUCCCGACCGUCCCACAAGCUCCCAGUGGAACAUUCAUUGGUUCAACAAACAGCAGAGAUUGCGCGAGAAGUUUAUGCCACUGACGUCUCGAUUGAGAGCAUGGCUAUCUGGUGCGAUGCAGCGCUUCUUAGCGCCGCGGGCACUCCCACAAUUGUCAUCGGCCCCGCGGGCCAGGGUCUGCAUGCCAAAGAAGAAUGGGUUGACGUGGAAAGUAUACGGGAGACUGAGCAGAUUUUCAUUCGCCUGAUAUCCAAAUUUUGUAAUUAA